AUGGUCCGUCCGCUAUUCGGAGGCGCCCUGAGCUGCGACAUCCCCGAGGGCUUUGCCGACGUGAGUGCGUUUCGCCAGGUACCGGACAAUCAAGAAGUGUUUGCCAACGCGGCGACGGACCAGAGCGUCAUCAUUGAGCUCCUGCAGUACGAGGAGAACGUGCGGGACGCAGAGAGCGCGCGCUACUUUUUCAACGAACUCGCGCAGUCGAAUGGGUGCGGCCCCGACGAAGUGACAGUGCGAUCCGCCGAGACGGCCGACAUGGAGCGAACGGCGCGUGUCUCAAUUGACGCGCCGCAUACGACGCAGCUCAUUGUGGGCGACCAGCGCGUGGCCAAGUUCAAGGAGGACGGGUACGCCAAGAACGUCGUGCGCGUGUACCUGGGCAACGUCCGUCUGCCUGGCGUGACGACAGACGUGAUAGUGACCGUGUCGAGUCCGAUGCACAUACACCCGUCGAGCAGUAGUAGUCGCGACGCUCCUCGUGUUGAGCAUAGCUCAGACGCGGCGGCGGCGGCGAUAUUCAAGCGCGCGCUGCAGACGCUGGUAGUGGUGGACUGGUCGCUGUUCCAGUGA